AUGCCGCCAAAGAAAGGAGCCAAAAAAGGUGGAAAGAAAAACCAGGACGACGAGGAGUUUUGGGAGAAGAAAGAGGCUGCUUUGGCCGAUCUGAACUCACCUGCGGGAGAUGAUGAGGAUAUACCCAAACCUGCUAAAUCAAGUAAAGGGAAAAAGACGGGUGGAGUGUUUGAUCUGCUGGAUGAGGGUGAUGCGAUGGAUGAUGAUGAUGAAGGUGGCGAUUUGAUGGCUAUGAUAGCAGCCAAUGCCGCCAAGAAGAAGGAUAACAAGAAGAACAAGAAGAAGUACGAUUUUGACGAAGACGAAGAUCAAGACGAAGAUCAGAAAGCUGCGGCUGAGGUAGAUACGAAACCCAACAUGGACGAUGAGUGGCCAGAGGACGAUGUCAAACCUAAAAAGGGAAAGAAGGAUAAGAAAUCGAAGAAGAAAGCUGUGGUGGAUGAAGAUGAAGAGAUGGAGGAACCUUCCGCUGCCGCUGCUGAACCACCAACAGCGGUGAAUAUAGAUGAUGAAUGGCCAGAAGAGGAUGUCAAGCCCAAGAAGGGUAAGAAGGGAAAGAAAGGAAAGAAAGCUGUAGAUGAAGAAGAAGAAGAUUUAGAUGCGAUACUAGAAAAAGCUGCUGCUGAGAGAAGAGCUGCUGAAGCUGCCGCUAAAGAAGCUGAGCCUACGCCUGCUUCCGUUGCUGCCCUUGAGCCUGCUGCCGAAGAUGACGAGGAGGGUGGAGAUGACGGACCAAAGAUUUUGACGAAAGCUCAGAAGGAGAAGCUAAAGAAGGAAAAGGAGAAGGCCAAGAAGAAGGCUCAAGCUGCGGCUAAGAAAGCAUCUGCCCCCACUCCUGCUGCCGAAGAACCGUCACCAUCCGCUCCCGAACCCACCGCUGAAGCUGAAGAGGAUGAAGGGGACGAGGAAGCAGGAGCUGACAAGAAAAAGAAGAAGAAGAAGAAGCCCGCUGCCAAAGCUGCUGAACCUGCUCCUGCAGCUGCUAAGGGGAAGAAAGUACCUGCUCACAUCGCAGCUAUGCAGGCUGCUAUGGAAGAGAAGAAGCGAAUGGAGGAAGAAGCUCGAAAAGCUGAAGAAGAGAGAUUGAGGCAGAUCGAAGAGGAGGAGAAGAGGUUAGCAGAGGAAGAAGCUAAGAUCAAUGAGGCUAAAGCAGCUAAGAAAGCUAAAGAGAAGGAGAAACAGGCUCGUGCUAAAGCUGAAGGAAGGGCUCUUACACCUGCUCAGAAAAGAGAAAAGGCAGCUGCCGAAGCUAGGAAACAAGCCAUGUUGGCUAGUGGUAUGGUUGUAGCUGGUCUACAAGAUGGUGCCGCACCUGAAGCGAAGAAGAAGGUCGUAUAUGGUAAUAGGAAGAAACAGCAGAAGCCAACCGCCAAGGAAACUGCUACCCCACCUCCCGAGCCCGCUUCUCCUGCCCCGGCCCCUGUACCUGUCGAGAAGAAACCCGAACCCGCUCCAGCCAAGGAAGAAAGUGAAGAUGAUUGGGAUAAAUCGGAAGAUGAGGUGGAGAAGGUUGUUGCUGGUGUCGACAAGCUGAAGGUGGAAGAAUCCGAGGAUGAUUGGGAUAAAUCGUCAGACGAUGAAGCUACUCCUGCUCCUGCUCCUGCUGCCGCUCCCAAGACAUCGGUCUCUGCCCCAGCUGAAGCUGCACCUGCAUCUACACCCGCCCCCGCUGCCGCUCCUGCCAAACCUGCUGCUCAAAUUAAUGGAAAAGCUCCUUCAGCUGAAGAAGAGGAAUCCUCUGAGGAAGAGUCGUCGGAAGAAGAAACUGAUUCCGAUGAAGACUCCGACGAAGAGUCCGAUUCCGAGGAUGAGGCUGCUGCCAGAAAAGCGGCCGCUCUCGAGAAGAUCGAGAAGAGGAAGCAAGCUGCACAAGCUGCUGGUAGCAAAGAAGACCUUCGAUCUCCAAUCUGUUGUAUUUUGGGUCAUGUUGAUCAUGGUAAGACCAAGUUGCUUGAUCAAAUUCGUCAAACGUCCGUCGCCGAAGGAGAAGCGGGAGGUAUCACUCAACAGAUCGGUGCUACCUUCUUCCCCAAAUCUGCUAUCGUUGAGAAGACAGCCGUGGUCAAUUCAGACAACACCACCGAUGUCAAGAUCCCAGGUUUACUCAUCAUCGAUACACCGGGACACGAGUCUUUCUCCAACUUGCGAACUCGAGGUUCAUCCUUAUGUAACAUCGCUAUCUUGGUAGUUGACAUCACUCAAGGUCUUGAACCUCAGACCAUCGAAUCUAUCAACUUGCUCAAGAAAGGUCGAACACCUUUCAUUGUCGCUUUGAACAAGAUUGAUAGGAUGUACGGAUGGGAGCCUAAGAAGAACGCCGGUUUCAGGGAAACUUUGAACUCUCAAAAGGCAUUUGUCAAAUCAGAAUUCGAAGACCGAGUCAAAGCUGCCAAACUUGCUUUCGCUGAACAAGGUUUCAACGCUGAAUUGUUCGAUGAGAAUAAAAACUUGGGUCGAAACAUCUCUUUAGUACCUACUUCCGCUAUCACUGGUGAAGGUAUACCCGACAUGCUUCUGUUAUUGGUCAAACUUACUCAAGAGAGGAUGAAUGCCAACUUGAUGUACAUCUCGGAAUUGGAGUGUACCAUUUUAGAAGUCAAAAUCAUUGAGGGUCUUGGUACGACCAUCGAUGUUAUUUUGUCGAACGGUGUCAUGAGAGAAGGUGAUAAGAUAGUGUUAUGUGGUUCAGAUGGACCGAUAGUGACGAAUGUCAGAGCUCUGUUGACUCCUCAGCCAUUGAGAGAACUAAGAAUCAAGUCCGCCUACGUUCACAAUAAAGAAGUCAAAGCAGCUUUAGGAGUUAAGAUCUCUGCGCCAGGUCUCGAGAAAGCCAUUGCGGGAGCUAAAUUAUAUGUGGCACACGAUGAAGACGAAGUGGAAGCGUACAAGGACAUGGCCAUGGAUGAUUUGUCAUCAUUAGCUAAAUUCGUCACCAAAACAGGAAAAGGAGUUUGGGUUCAAGCUUCUACACUCGGUUCGCUGGAGGCUCUCUUGACUUUCUUACAGCAGAUGAAGAUCCCCGUGUUCAACUUUGGUAUAGGACCAGUGUAUAAAUCGACAAUAGUGAAAGCUGGUAUAAUGUUGGAUCGGGCGCCGGAAUAUGCUGUGAUCAUGGCUUUUGAUGUUACGAUUGAGAAAGAGGCUGAAGAGUUGGCUAAGAAAGCCGGUAUGAAGAUAUUCUCUUCAAUGGUUAUCUAUCACCUGUUCGACGCGUUCCAGAAGUACAUGGCGGAAGUACAAGAAUCACGAAGGAAGGAAGCUGCUCCCAAUGCUGUCUGGCCAGUAAGGAUGAAGAUCUUGAAGGCAUUCGCUCAUCGUGACCCUAUCAUUCUCGGAUGUGAUAUCAUCGAGGGAUCUAUGAGGGUCGGUACGCCAGUUGGUGUGGUCAAGGUGGAUAAAGCUUCUGGUAAGAGGGAGAUUAUAACGUUGGGUAAAAUCACCUCGCUUGAAAUCAACCAUAAACCUUUUACGAUAGUGAAGAAAUCCCAAGUCGGUGCGGGUGUCGCUGUGAAAAUUGAGAGAGCACCUUAUCAGACUGCUAGGAUGUUCAACAGACACUUCGAUGAGCAUGAUGAAGUUGUGUCGUUGAUCACUAGACAAAGUAUCGAUACGCUCAAAACAACAUUCCGAGAUCAGGUGGAGAUGUCUGAUUGGGCGAUAAUCAAGAAGAUGAAGACUGAACAGGGAGUAGCAUAA